AUGGCAGCAGCAAGAAGAAUCAAUCCGAGCCGUCUAUUUUCAUCACUAACAACAUCAUCAUCGACAAACACCGCCUCCAAAAUUACCGUCACACCCAAGCAGACGGAUGGACUCGUCAAGGCUGACCACAUCAAGCUUGCCCGAAUCAUCGAACUUGCAACUCAGCAGCUGCCGCAAGAAAAUCAAGAUCAAGAAACUGUCAAGAAACAAGAAAUAAUCAAUCAAGAUUCUCAACAUCAAGAAGAGGAAGAAGAAGAUGACGAUGAUGGUGGAGAGUAUGUUAAUAAAGAGACUGGUGAGAUUGGUGGGCCGAGAGGACCUGAGCCUACUCGGUUUGGUGAUUGGGAACGUAAUGGUCGUUGCUCUGAUUUUUAG